GCGGUCCAUGGCCGCUGUCAACGGGCCGUCGAACUGUCGGCCGAGAUCACGGCCUCGCCGUGACAACGUCUCGAUGAGGCUGCGCGCAUGCCGAGGCUGCAGGUGCGCGCGUGGAAUUCACGAUCGCCGCCACGUCGCACGAGCCAACCUGUUGCCGCGCGCGUCAUAAUCUCGAGGAAAGCUCGCACGGCCUACCGCAACCUGUUUCAACUGCGCUGUAAUUUUGACGACUCCCCGUCGGCGUCGUCAUGACUACGCACGUGUUGCGCAAAUUCCAGCCUUCGGCAAUGUCCACCGCUUUCUUUUCGUAGACGCGCCAUGCGAAACCACGUCUCGCCUGUACCGUUUAAUCUGCAACCUUAUCGCGCGUUCACUAAAUCGGCAUAAACCGUGAAGCGAUUGACUAUCGGUUCGCCAUUGAAAGCGUAGCUCUUCGAAAACGGAGCGAGCCACGAGGUGUCCGCGUGGAGUGCGAGUUUCGCAAUUGGUGGCCUUGCGCUUUGCCGCGCGGUUGGGAUGGUCUAAGCGCCAUCGAGGCGCUCUAAUGGCGGCGCGGUUGCGUGCACGUGCGGGAGCCGAUGACGCAAGAGCUACGUCCUUAUAUUUGGCCCGUUUCGCUUGCACCUCUCCCGGUGAACGACUGCGCGCGUUCCCGUCGGGAGAGGAGUUAAUAGUCUGUCGUUUCAGACUGAACCAACCAGUUGUCAGCGUUUACAAGGUGCGAUUCGCAAAAUGUGCCACCUCUGUUUGGGGUGCUCGCUUUACGUUUCAGAACGUGCUGCAUUGCAAGUCUGGACUGCGGGAAAUCGUCCCCGCGAACGACGCUUUCUUGGCCUUGACUGCGCAAGGCGUGUGGACCGUACCACUGGGCGAUGUGAGAACUAGCAGGUUUCUGGUCCUAAUGCCAGGAGUUUCCUGCUUGGACCAAGCUCUGCUUGUGGGCUUCCAUGGGGUGGCCUCGUGGCUGCAUACAACGUGUGUCCAGGAUCUUGGGAGUUGCUUCUUAAUGGCAAGGGACCACCCAUAUGCCGCAUUUCGUGCAGCAUACAGCAUCUUUUGCAUUCACCAGAUGCAAGUCCGGUGCUGUGGUGUGCAAGACUUUUGGCAAGUGAACAUCAUGCAAGGGAUGACUGUUUGACUCUCGGAAGCUCUCUCUUCUUGACAAAGCACCUCUCACGACUUCUCGGUUUGAAUCUGAGUGACCUCCCCAGUCAGUCAGCCGACCCAGAGGAGCGAGGGCCCUGCGUACUGCUACUGGGUUUACCAGAUGGCCGUGUUCUAACCAUGCUGUUACGUUCUGACCGCUCUCCUGAAUCUUGUAGGGCCCGUCUGGUUUGUGAUUUGGGUCAGCCAGUGGCUGCCAUCACUUGCUGGCAGCCUGAACAUCUCGAGAACAACGGACAUGGAGAUGCUCAUCAUUGGUGCUAGGGGCAAAGUGCUGAGCAGCUGCAGUGGAACGUGGCUGGAGGCCUGGGCACCUAAUAUUCUUGAGGAAGCACAUGACUUCUGCCUGAAUGGAGCUCUCAUGCAUUGGCUACACAAUGGAACUCCCUGGGAGGCCCGCAUGGCCAUCAGGCAGCAGUCAUCACAGGAGCCUGCGUUUCUCCAGGUUCAAGCAGGGCCAUUGCCUCUGGGAAAGGCUGUGUCUGUUCAGAGCCUUGUGUCCUCAGUCUUAACCAAGCUUCACCCUGAAGCAAGUACCAGUGAGAGUGAGCUGAACCAGGAUGUCUCUGGGCUCCUGAUCCUGGAUGGCAGUGGAGGCGUGCGCCUGGUGUCACCCUUGCCUCGACAACGCCUUUCGCUGCAGGGUCUGCAUCCACACCCUAUCGUGCAGGCCAAGAAUGAGCUCUUGUUCGUCCAGGCUGCUAUGCAGCAGCUGAGACAGCUCCAACAUCACUCGAUAACAGUCAACGCUCAGCGUGAAGAUGGGCACUUGGUAGCCACUUUCCCGGAUUCUGAGGCCUCAAACUGGGUUCAUGUUGCCAGCUUUGACAUUGGCGACCGCACCAUUUGUCGGUCUGCUUCUGCUUCUCCAGCAACAGGGGGAAAGCCAUUGAAGAUACGCAUCAGAUGUGAUACAGCUGCAGUGGCCACUAUGUCUUUGGUGUUACCAUCUAGGGAAGCCACAGGAAAACCAGUGCUAACUUUGCUCAAGACAACAGUGCUUCCGUCACAAAUCUCUAUCAAGGAAGGGCCUGCACAGAAAACAGCUGUGCUCACUGUGGCAAGCCACUUAGUUUCCAGUGGUUCAUGUGGUGUCAACAGGUUUACCGAGCGCCUUGGACUUCAAGCAUGGCCCGCACAUUUAGAAUCUCUGGGUCAAGGUGUCUCAUCCUUGGAGCUCGAGCUGCCUGCGGGCUGCUGUUGGCCGGCACUCAGAGCGGAGACAUUGCUACGCAUGCUCGACAUGGCGAAAGACUACGAUGACACGAAAGCCAUGCCGGACGUGAAAGUCGGGGAGAGAGUUGAGGCGGCGUGUCGAGAAGUUGAGCGGCUGCUAUCCACGGGAGACAUCCUGGGAGCUUACAACGCCUGGAGGACGCGUUUGGGAAUGGCAUUUCCCGUUGCUUAGAUGCUGUCUUUGCGUAAGUUGUGUGUCUGUUGUCACGUAGAUGAAAACAACUGCUGCACACAACCUCCAGUAGGAGAUGUGUGAAAUACUGUUUGUAAGAUUUUGCUCACACGUACGCAUAGUAUCCACCUGAGCAAUGUGGCCAACGAUGCACUUGUAGCAUUGUGAAAGGAAGAAAAAGAUAAUAGUAGUCAUCAGCCCACAAAACCUUGCUUUGUUUUUGCUUGUAGUGUACUGCCUCCAGUCUCCUUGUUUAAAACAAGAUAUAUAUGAAAGAUUUUAUAUUCCAUAUUUAGUUUCAGAAAAAGCAGCACAGUUGCUUACUGUGUACCCUUUUUUUCAUAGGUCAAACACAAGUGUUAAUUUGUGGUAGAUAAAGACACAAACUCAAACAUUCUGAAUAGUUCUGCGAUGCACAGGAACAAGUUGUCGAAAUGUAUCAUGUGAAGCACUAGUAAUAUCAUAUGAGCCUUCAGAAGUAUAGUUGCAGAAUUUUACAAGGUCAGCUGCAUAGUUCAGAAUUUCAUUUACCAUGAUGAAAGACAGUUUGAAAUCUUCAUUCUGUCUCUUAUAAUGAAACUAAAAGUAGUGGUAAUGUUUUGUGUAUCAUAAAAUGGUGUGCAGCAGUUCAUUGUCUACAUCACUUGUUUUGUCAUGAAAUUUUGUUUAACUCUUAUGUUUUACUUUUGCAUAUGUCAGGCAUCAUGAAGAGGGCUUGAUUGAGGCAAUUUUUCUGGCAUAAAUGGGCUAACAGUACCACAGUUCGAUACAGAACUCUUUGGUACGCGCAGGGCAGUACAGCGCAAGUAGAGUCUAGUCUUCCUUACAAGGGAGGAUACUCCACGAAGGAACACUUUUAUGCAAAAUGAAACCCGCUCAUAGAGCAAGUGAAAAUUCAGUGGUCAGAAGCAUUGGGACAGUGAGCACCACUCAACAAUGCAAAAACCAGUCUUUUUUUCUUCUCUGGUUUCAGCAAGGAAGCUGCAGACGUUCCAUCAGUGUCUUGCGUACUGGAAUAUGCUCGCACAGGGCAGCGGGAUCGGUGAGCACUGCUACCGGUACCUGCAAAAGCGUAAUCGGGUCAUUGAUGAGCUUUGUGUGCAUGCCAAAACAGAACGCACACAACUGUUGCGGGCAAUAGUGCGUGCUUCAGCAAUCAUGCCUAUGGAGCAACGGACUGUUCGUCCAGAUGUUCAGAGUUGUAUUGCUUUCUUUUUAACAGCUUCAGAUGAUGUGCAGCUGUACAAAACCAACUCCAAUAAACAAUUCUGUGCUUUACUAGCAA